GGUCUAGGACGAGGGCCAGCGUCUAUGGUACCGAACAACAAUCGGUGUACACGUGUAGCACCACUCGAAUUCCCUCGGCUCUCUAUCGCCUUGACUCCAUACAUAAACCUCAUAUCGUCUUAUCCUACUGUUCGUUCUACCCACCAAACACUUAGCCUAUCCCCUCUUUGACAUUUCUUGUCAUCAUGGCCAGUGGCUGGGAAGGCCAAUCUAUCAUACUCAAAGUCAUUGGUGGGAAGAAGAUCAAUGUCCCCUCUGGGCGGACACCAGCAGGUAUCUACGUGUCUGUCAAUAUUGACUCGAAAAGAUGCUGGAAAUCAGCUAUCGGAGUGUUAUCAUCCGACAGUUUUGUGGUGUGGGGCGAUACUGUGACCUUAACACCAGAUGUAUCACCUAAGUUAUCGGUGGAGAUUCGGGCAUCUUUUGAGCUCGGCCGAAUGCUAGGUCGUGGGGAACUGAUUGGAAAGUUUGAAAUGUCGUGGGAAGGGUUGCUCGAUCGCGGUAACGAGCCUUUCGACCUGUCAUUUCCACCUAUUCGGGGUGUCUGCCCUUCUCUUGCGGUGAGAGUUGCUUCUAUAAUUUCUCGUCCAAAUGAUGGCAGUGUACUGUUUGAUUCCAUCGAUGACUGCAAGAUUGCUCGAGACACAGAUGUGGGCCACAUGAGAUUAUGCGACUACAUGAGAGGCAGGGGCGGAGUCCAUAUCUUGGAUGAUGCCAUGAACUAUUUUGAGUUAGUUCUGGAUCAGUGUCCGGUCGAUCACCCAGACCAUGCAGCGGCUCUCACCAACCUUGCGUGGGCCCGCCUUCAAGGAUAUAUCCGUAAGGAUCUUCAAGGCAUCUACAUUACUACCACUCUGUUAUGCGAUGCCCUUGCACUGCGCCCGCGAGACCACCCCGAUCGUCCCCUUUCUCUCUAUUAUCUCGCCGAAGCAUUGAUUUGGCGCUUCAGCUAUCAUGCUAUCUCCGUUGAUAUCUUCAAAGCUGCCCAACUCUGUCAUGAGCUACUGUCCCUCUGUUCUGAAGGCACCCAUCUUCGUAGUAUCGCGGUCGGCAAAAAUGGUGUCGAUUAUGUGGUACGCGCGUGCAACAGUCUUCCUACAGAUGCAUCCGAUGAAGACAUCCACCUUCGACGAAUCGUGCUCACAUUAUGUCCUCCGGGAAAUCAACACAAUUCCAGCGCCAUCGACAAGCUUGCCAAGGCAGUGAAGGCACGCUUUCGACAAUGCGGCAUUGAUGAUCUAGAUCGGAACAUACAACUUGGUCGCGAAGUUGUUUCUAAGUGCCCCGAGGAAAAUCCCAACCGUAUUACCUACUUGAUUAAUUUGGCCGUGUCCAUCCGUAGCCGCUUCGAUCACCAUGGGGGAUCUCAUGACCUCGAUGAGGUCAUUUCUCUCUAUGAAGAAGCGCUGCCUUUGCGCUCUGUUGGGCACGAACAUCACGAUGCGUCAUUGGACGGCCUGGGGCGCGCCCUCCUCACCCGUUUCAAUGAAUGCAAUAACAUUGAUGACAUAAAUAGAGCUACCGGCCUCUUUCGCAAGGCACUGGCGUCAUGCUCACCUGGCCGCCCAAAUCGCGACACUAGGCUCAACAACCUUGCCGCCGCGCUCAUAACUAGAUAUGAUAAAUUGCAUGCUAGCGAUGACCUUGAUGAGGCCAUCGAUCUAUGCCGCAAAUCGCUUCUGUUGCUACAGCAGGAUGAUCAUCCGGAGCGCCAUAGAAACCUAUUCAAUUUGAGCAUGGCACUCUGCUCUCGUUUUGCACAAACACGGAAGAACAAAGAUGUUGAGGAGGCCAUUGGUCUCUGCCAAGAUUCGUUGGUGGCUUUGCCACCACUGCACCCAGAUCGUUAUUUCAGCUACAAAUGGCUCAAGGAGGCCUAUCUGUCUCGUUAUCGGGUCCUACCUAACGCUGUUGAUUUGUCACUCGCAAUGGAGAACUUCAGGUUAGCUUCAAAUCACCCUACUCAGGGAUUCCCAGAACGCAUUAAGGAGGCUGUCCAAUGGGCUCGCCAAUCAGAAGUCCAUAAACACGAAUCUGCCCUUGAAGCAUACCAAACAUGCUUAGACCUUUUCGACAACUACGUGACGCAAUCCUCGAUUAUCUCAAGUCGCAAUGCUGUAAUCGCCAUUGAUGGUGCACAAUCCCUACCAAUGAAUGCAACAUCAUGCGCUAUUCGUCGCAAUGACCUGCAACGAGGGGUUGAACUUGAGGAGCAGGGUCGCGACCAGCAAUGGUCACUGGCCUCCCGACUCAGGACUUCGCUGGACGAUCUCAAGUCCAUCAAUAUCCCACUAGCUCACAAACUUUCGGAACUCAGCAAGAACCUAUCUGACGCUCAGAAUUCCGCAGGCAAUGUGGACCGGGCUGCUGCUGAUCGGGCAGAAAUGGAGUACAGGAGACUUACGACGGAAUGGGACACUGUAGUGGCUGAAAUCCGCAAUCUGCAAGGUUUCUCGCGGUUCCUGCUCCCGCCGUCGUAUGAAUAUCUGCAAAUGGCAGCGUGCCGCGGCCCGGUCAUUAUUCUCAUUGCUAGCGAAUACUCCUGUAAUGCCAUCAUUGUUCCAGCGUCAGGGCAGCCCCACCACGUUCCCUUCCCGUCUCUUGCUCUCACAGAUCUGGAGAUGCUCCAGAAGCACUUCGCGAAUGUCAUACGGGACACGGCUCGCAUGGUCUCACAGGAGCCGAGGACAGCGCUGAUAGCACUGCUGCGGACGAUAUGGGACGAGAUCAUGCUACCUAUUGUCAAUGUACUACAGCAUGAUCUUAAAUUGCCAAGUUGCUCCCGAAUUUGGUUAUGUCCAACAGCAGCCUUUACAUCCAUUCCUCUCCACGCAGCUAACCCAUUUCGGAUGAAUGCAGAUCGCUCUGGGCGGGAACCAUGCCUGGAGGACCUCUACAUUUGCUCUUACACUCCAACACUUUCUGCUCUGAUCAGAGCUCGUCAGAUGACGACGACACGUGUCACUCCUUCCUUCGCGGCGAUCGGACAAGAUCGGCCUGGUGCAAGGCAAGGCACAGUCCUCGCUGCUAUCGACAGCGAACUUGAGCUUGUCCAUAAACAUGUUCCUCCCACCGUCAAGUUCACUCACCUUUCUGGAAAUGAAGCGACACAAGCUGGCGCACUCGAAGCUUUGCGAUGCAACACCUGGGUGCACCUCGCCUGCCACGGCAAGCAGGAUUAUGAACAUCCCUCUAACUCACGUUUCGCGAUGAGAAAUAAACCUCUUACGCUCCUCGAUAUUGCAGAAAACGAUGCACCGCAACCCGAAUUCGCAUUCUUGUCGGGGUGUCAUGCCGCCCGCGGCGAUGAGAAGACGCCGGGCGAAGUCAUUCAUCUCGCAGCUGGUGUACAGUUUUCGGGGUUCAAGAGUGUCGUUGGCACUCUUUGGGAGGUCGAUGACGCUGUUGCAAAACAUGUCGUUGAAGCUUUCUACGAGAACAUGUUCAAGGAUUUGGACGAGGGUGCCAUGGACUGUAUGAAGGCGGCCUGGACACUCAAUAAGGCUACUUACACAGUGAAGAACAAAGUGCCGCUUGAGCAGAGAAUCGGUUUCAUUCAUAUUGGACUGUAGUUCUAGGACUUUUCGGGGGAUGGUGUUGAUGUCGGAUUAUUUACCAGAACAAUUUGUGGCGUACUUCAAGUUGUCAUUGUAUUGGGACUUUUUUUGAUAACCUUGUCAUCUAUGUACUUACUUUAGCAUUUUCUCGUUCUUAUGUACUUGGUCUGGUCAUUUG